GGGAAGAACAAAGCAUGACCACUGCACUGGUUAAGGUGAUAGUAAGUCAGCAGCAGUCUUUGCAGAUGGAGGCUUUCUUGCAAGAGCUUAGUUUGGCAUCCAAACAUUUGAUUGAGUUUAGGGAAAUGUAUGAUUAUGAGAAUCGUAUAAAAACCUUCAAAAACUGGCCUUUUAUGGGAAACUGCAAAUGCACCCCUGAGAAUAUGGCCAAGGCUGGUUUUAUCCACUGUCCAAAUGAAAACGAACCAGAUGUAGCAAAGUGUUUUUUUUGCCUGAUAGAACUGGAGGGCUGGGAGCCAAAUGAUGAUCCAUGGUUGGAACAUGCCAAACGCCCCAGCAAUUGUGGCUUCUUAUCCCUAACUAAGAACUUUGAUGAUCUAACAGUGGAGGAGUAUUACCUGUUGGAGAUGGACCGACUGAGGACUUUCCUUUGUAAAACUGGCAGAAGCACAAUAUGGUCCUUUGAAAAAGAAGUUGCUGCAACCAGAAAACGCCUCCUUGAUCACUUUAUCAGCAAACAUCAGUAUACUCCAGAGCCUGAGCUGCCAGUACCUCAUCAUGCUGCUUCACCUGACCAAACUCCAGAAAGCCCUAAUAUUCAUAAAUGCAAACCACAGCACAGUGAUGAAUCCAAAAGCUAGGAUUUUUUUGUUUUGUUUUGUUUUAAAAGCCCUAAUCUUUAUGAGAGAGCAAGCUGUACAAGAAGCACUUGUUAUAAUUAACUCUCUCUUAACUUUCAGAGUAUGCUUGGUCACUACUGCAGGUGUGGAUCAACAAAUGUGCUGCUAAUCAGGCAUUUGACACAAUGUGCAUUGACUUAAUGUACCUGUGCCAGCUUUUAGAAGGUGAAAUGUUUUUGUUUUUAAUAAAGCUUUAUAACUACUG